UGUCGAGAUAACGAGAAAAUUAAGUCGUUAUAACGAGAAAACAAGAAGAAAAAAUAUUAUAAUGCAUGGCCGCUUAGAACUUCCGUAGUUUACAGACAUUCACAUGAUAUGAUCUUUUGUGUUAUCGCUACUUGUAUAUAAGAAUAUCUGCUCGAGUCUGUAUUCAAGAGCGCUGUUUUAGAGGUGUUUGCUUGCUGUGAAGAACAGUCGAGCUGAACUCGUGUUGAAAAUGCCGGCAGUCACUUUAUUUGUCAGGAGAUUACCUGCAGCAGCCACCAAUCAACAGCUGGCUGAGCUGUUCUCUGAAGUAGGACCGCUGAAGAAUAGCUUUGUUGUCCGGGACAGAGAGACUGAAAAAUGCCGUGGCUUUGGAUAUGUUACAUUCUCAAUGGAAGAUGAUGCACAGCGGGCCAUAAAAGAAGUCCGAGAGUAUGAAGGCGAGAAGAUAUUUGUAACUGUGGCCAAGAAAAAACCUGAUGAUAAGAAAAAGAAGAAGAAAGUAAAAACAGAAGGAGAUUCAGAAGAUAAAAAGGACCAAAAAGUCCUGUGAAGAGUACAGGCAUAAAAAAGAACAAACUGAAAGCUCGACUGAUCAUCAGAAAUCUCAGUUUUAAGUGUGAAGAAGAUGAUUUAAAACAGAUCUUCUCUGUGUAUGGAACAGUGAUGGAGGCCAAGAUUCCCUUAAAACCAGAUGGAAAGAAGCGAGGUUUUGCAUUUGUGCAGUUUAAGAAUAUGACAGAAGCUGGAAAAGCUCUGGCAUCGAUGAACCUGAAGGAGAUCAAAGACAGACAGGUGGCUGUGGACUGGGCCAUUGCAAAAGACAAGUAUCUCGCCAACCAAUCAGCGGGAGCGGCUGGAACCAUCAAAGAAGAGAAUGUGAAUUCUAAAGGUGCAGGAUAUGAUGGGAAAGAAAAAGAAGCCAAGGAAAAGCCCACAUCACAGGAAGAAAAGGAUGACUCUGAGUCAGAAGAAGAAGAGGCAUCCGAGGAGGAUGAUGAUGAUGAUGAUGAAGCCAAUAGUAGUGAAGAGGAUGAUGCAGAAAACGACUCUGAAUCUCAGCAUUCAGACAGUGAUGUCAGUGAACCUGAAGAUGAUGACUCUGAUGAAACGGAGGGAAAGGCUCCUCCAAAGAAAAGAGACCCGCUUCCUUCAGAUGUGAAUGAGGGAAGAACCAUCUUCAUCAGAAAUCUGGCCUUUGACACAGAUGAAGAGGGUUUGGAAGAAGUGUUGUUGCAGUUUGGUGAGCUAAAAUACGUCCGUGUGGUGAUGAGCGUAGACACAGGAUAUUCAAAAGGUUGUGCUUUUGCUCAGUUCAAAAGUAAAGAAGCGGCAGACAAAUGUAUAGUUGCUGCUGAAGAUGAAAAAGAGUUCGGUGUCAUUAGGGUUGAUGGACGGAGAUUGAAUGUUCUGCCUGCAGUAAACCGAGAAGACGCUGUCAAAUUCAAGGACAAGAAAGUGAAAACUCACACAGGCUCCAGGAACCUUUACCUCGCCAGAGAGGGCUUGAUUCGUCCUGGAUCCAAGUCUGCAGAGGGAGUUUCAGAAACGGACUUGGCCAAGAGAACAAGAUUUGAGGAGCUGAAAAGGGCAAAGUUAAAGGACAUGAACAUUUAUGUGUCUAAAACACGGUUGUGUGUUCAUAACCUGCCUAAGAAUGUGGAUCAACAGAAACUUCAGAAGCUCUGCGUCUCUGCUGCUGGUGGGAAAGGGCUCCGCAUCACUGAGUGCCGUGUGAUGUAUGACAAGAAGCCUAUUCGUGGUCAGGUGAUCGGCAAGUCUCUGGGAUAUGGCUUUGUGGCGUUUAAAGAGCAUGAGCAUGCUCUACAAGCCCUUCGUCACCUCAACAACAACCCAGACAUCUUUGGACCCCAAAAGAGACCCAUAGUGGAGUUUUCUUUGGAGGAUGGAAGAAAGCUGAAACUUAAAGCCAUUCGUUUGGAAAACAGCAAGAAACAACUCAAUAAAGGCAGUAGCCAAAAAGGAGAGCAACUGCCGCUGCCGCAGCAGCAUUCGGGGAAGAAAGGACCCUUGAGCAAAGGAAAUGCAGCUGAUGUUGUUAAACAGAAGGAACAAGGAAGCCAGUACAGCGGCUUUAUGACCAAACCAGAGGUGGAGCAUGUAGAACUGAAGGAUGGGAAAAAACGGCCCAAGGUUCUGCACAUGCCUUCACACAGAGGCCCAAAGAUCAGGAAACGUGAUAAAGGGAAACAACUGAUGGUACAACCCAAGAAACUGAAGAAAGGGCCCAGCAGGAACGAGAGAAAGGGGUCUACUUUCAUCGAGAAAAGGAAACCGAAUAGCAGACCUGCAAAACGAAAGUUCCAGAACAGAGUGGAUGUCCGCUUUGACACACUGGUGAACCAGUACAAAAAGAAACUAAUGGGGAAAUCAAAUACUAAGACUGCAGUCAAAAAGAGCAAGUGGUUCAGCUGAAGAUGUGAGACUGAAAGAACAUGUGAAAAUUUUUAAAAAACCUCUCAGAGGAGGAUUAAAUGGAAUACUUUUGACUCUUUGAGUUUUUAAAAGUUUUGGAAAAAGUUAGUUUUUCACCAUGUGAUGAUGUUUGUUUGCCUCAGAAGUAUUUCCUUUAUGGAUUUAACAGAAUGCAGAGAUGGUUCCAGUACAUACUGUAACAGACUGUUUUGUGGGGAUGUCUUUUGAACUACAUAUGUUUGUCAAGAGAGUUCCACGCCAAGUUUCAUGUAUCCUGCUGUUUUCUGGCACAUAGUUUUUUAAACAGGACAAAGACGGGAUGAAUUGCCAACUGUUGUCAAUAUGCACUUAACCUACAUGGUUUAGCUGUCAUUAUUUAACUUCUCUCCUCAAACUUUGAUAACAGGUGGACCGGAUUUAAAUGCCAGUGGCCAAUUCCUGUCAUCCCUUGUCAAAUAAGUUAUGUAAUGCACUCUUGUUGAUAAAGUCUGACAAAACUUUUUAUUGCUGUAUAAAAAAAAAAUUGAUACUAACAUCC